AUGACCCUGUUGGUGUUCUCCUUGGUGCCUCGAUCGGUGCUUGUAUUUUUUGGCACGUGCUUCGUCAUCGCCGGGUUCGCCAGUAUGUGCCGUGAACGUGACAGCUUCAGGAGACGAGGAACGGAUACAUCGAAGCUCGAUAAGCUGAUGUUCAAGAUGGGCCUAUUCUGCCUACUGUACAUUUUCCCGGCGGUUACACAGAUCCUUUGCGAUAUUUAUGCCUUCAAUAUCGUGAAGAGAUGGUAUCCGACUACAAUCGCGUGCAAAAGUAGUGGUGGCGUCGAAGGUGGACACUGCCAUCGUCCACAUCUGCCACAGGCAGAGAUCUAUCAUCUGAGCUGA